CCGCUCGCUUUCGAUGUCGGUUUGUUGUCACUCGCCGCAACCAGCUUGCCGCAUCGUGAUCCGCGAUCGUAGCCUUUGUUUAUAGUUCCACGCGCGCUCGCCGCUCCGACACAGCUGUUCGUGUAAUCAUUGACGUACCGUUUAAGUGCCGUUCCCCAGUGAUCGCAGUUUCAGUGGGUUCCUCUCAGUGUAGUCGUUUGUGUCCACCGUGUGUGCCGAUGGGGCGUUUGCGUCCGUGAAGCGACCGGAGCGGCAGCAGGUGCCUCGUAUAUCGGCUGCAAGCCGGCGAGCGGCUCGGCCAUGGCGGCCACUGCCCGCCGCGAGAUAGACACCGGCGAGGAGGACAUCGCCGCAAUAGCUAAACAGAUAUCGGACCAUGCAGAAGCUAUCUAUCAGACGUGGAAAGCGCGCGGCCUAGCGCCCACGGAGAUAUUGUCAUGCAGGCCCACGCCCGGCAUAAAAUUGACAGAAAGCUUACGCUCCAAACCUCGGCCGGAGCCGAAGCCUGAAAUAAAACAAAGACCGGAGUUCCGCCGCGACCAGCGUUCGGAGGGCGCGCGGGAGCAACGAGUCGAGUCAAGGAGGGAGCAGCGAACCGAGCCCGAGGAGGACGCGAUGGAUGUAACGUUGCCCCCAGACUUGGUACCAGAACGUAACGGUGCCGGUAGCAGUGCGCCUUCUCGUCGGGGCGAUUCCGCAGCGAUGCGGCUGGAGGUGGCCCGCGAGGAGGAGCGGUUGCUGCGGGCGCUGCGCACCGGCGGAGUCGUGGCCGAGAGGACCGCGGAGAGGCCGGACGUCGUGCCGCCGGUUUCUCUGGUCGACUAUGCCAAGAGUCGGUACCAGGACAGGCUCGACACUGGUGCGAGGAAGCCGGCGGCCGGGGCGGGUGGCGAGAGACGGGCGUCGCUCGGCUCGCAUGUCACUGAGGCCAGAUCCAAGUUUGAAGCACGCGCUCGCCGUGCUACCAGUGCAGGCGCCAGCGCCGGCAAUGGCGAGUCCGCCUCCGCCUCAGGAGCUGCUCCCGUUCGUCCAUUCCUCACGCGAGGUUCUGUGGCCGAACGAGUGCUUAUGUUUGAACGAUGCCCCAGCGAAGCCACUCUAGAGCUUGCUAAGCGAAAAUCACCUGCGGCGACGACAUGGCGGGGACCGCACGACGUCAUAAACAGAGCACAGAGUUAUGCAGCGUCAACACCCACAAAGGCAUCAUCAGCACCUCCACACACGACGCUUCAGCGCACGGUGCGGGGCGCAGCAGGCAGCGGAGCGCCGGCGCGGGUGAUACCCCGCUUCCAUUUCCCCAAGGGCCGCCCUCCGCCACCGCACCAGCAGGACCAUGCGCUUCACAAAGUGCAGUCAGCCUUCGCCACAUUUCCUAAUAGUCAGGUUCCUCGCGAGAGUUUCAAGCACAUAGUGGCGGCAUGCGAAUGCCCGCUGUACUGGAAGAUGCCGCUAUUCCUGGCCACGCAGCAGAGCCUGCACGCCUCAGUCGACGGGCACAAGUUCAUUGACUUCUGGAGAGAGAUGACGUCACAGUGUCACGACAUGGCCUCCCGGUUCGUGUACAUCUUGACCCGGGGGAAGAGCAACACAUUAGCGCCUGAAGACUUUGUGCCUCUAGUGCAGGAUGUCGUCGACACACAUCCCGGUCUCUCCUUCUUGAAGGAAGCCACCGAAUUUCACUCCAGAUACGUGCAUACGGUGAUCGCGCGGAUAUUUUACUGCGUGAACCGGUCGUGGUCGGGUAGAAUAUCGAUACCAGAGCUGAGAAGGUCAAACCUUCUGCAGGUCAUACAGCUGCUGGAAGAUGAAGAGGAUAUUAAUCAAGUUACACAGUAUUUUAGUUACGAGCAUUUCUACGUGAUCUACUGCAAGUUCUGGGAGCUGGAUCGCGACCACGACCUUUUUAUAGACAAGCACGACCUCGCCCGGCACAACGACCAUGCUUUGUCAAGCCGAAUGAUAGAGCGUGUGCUAUCGGGCUGCGUGACGCGCGGCAACCAGAACCGACUGACGCCCGACGGCGAGCCGCGCAUGUCAUACACAGAAUUCGUCUGGUUCCUGCUCGCCGAGGAGGACAAGACCCAUCCCACCGCCAUUGAAUACUGGUACAGAUGUAUGGACGUAGACGGGGACGGGUACAUUUCGAUGUACGAGCUGGAGUAUUUCUACGAGGAGCAGAUGCAGCGUAUGGAGGCCAUCGGCAUUGAGACGUUGCCUUUCAAUGACUGCUUAUGUCAGAUGUUAGACAUGGUGCACCCGGCGGAGGAGGGCAAGAUAACUCUGUCAGAUCUGAAGAGGUGCAAGCUGACGCCCAUCUUCUUCGACACCUUCUUCAACCUGGAGAAGUACCUCGACCACGAGCAGCGCGACCCCUUCGCCACGCAGAGGGACUCCGACUCAGAGAUGUCAGAAUGGGAUAGAUUCGCCGCCGAGGAAUAUGAACUCUUAGUUGCAGAAGAAGGUGGCAGCGAUGCGCAGGACCAAAUCUCAUACGAUGAGACAGAUGAAGAUUGCUUAUCACCAAAUAUAGACGAGAUCACGAACACUGAGGUGGCGGAGGAGUCGAGCGUGGAGGAGUCCACGCUGAGCGACAGCGCCUCCAGCGUGCUCAGCCGCGGCAAGGAGCCCGCCUCCGCCCGCCUGCAGCCCGCACCCGCCGCCACCACCGCACCACCCACCGCCGGCUUCGUCAAUCUUAGUUCUAUUUACUCCAUCGGGGGCGCCAACAGGUGGCCGAACCAACCAGACAACGUCUCCAAGAACGGUUUACCCGAUAGAAAAACUGAAAAACCGAUACCACCGGAGAAACCUGUCAGCUUACUAAUGAUGAACGGCAAAGUCGAUAACCGGUACUCCGGUUUUAGCAAUAAUAGCUUUUUAUACUCGCAGCUGCUCAACCCGACGGGUGCGCGCGCGAAAGACCCGCCCUCUUACACGGCGGCCACCGGUGGAGCGUUCGACAAGGCCGCGGAAAUUAAAAAGACCGCCACCUCCCCUAUCAAAACCCCAGUCAAUAAAUCACCGGUCACCAGUCCCGUGAACGGUGUAAAUAAAAUCUCCGAUAACUACGAAAGAGCGAUCGCCGAGCGUCUGAGCCCGCAACGAGAUAUAUCGAGAUUGAAUCGCAGCAGCUUGUUUAGUAAAGUUAACACCGGAGUGGUGUCCGGCAAAGUGAAAAAGAACAGCCCUCGUCGGUCCGGCAACGACGACGAGGACGAGGACUACGCGCGCGACAGUGACGAGUGUUCCAUUUAGAUGUAGUUUGUAACCUCGGUAACUUGGCAACAAGACUCCAGUGUUUUUGUUAAUGUUGCCAGUGUAUUGUAUCACAGUGUAACCAAAGAGCGCCGCGAAUUGUGUGCAAUUAAUGACAUUUUUUUAGUAUAAUCGUAACGCCGUUGAUUAGAAGAGAGAACUAUUUUUUCAACGUAUCCUAGUGGGCGAUACGUGCCUUGUGACGUAGCAAUUAGACAAAUCAGUAAUAUACUUUUAUAGAAUAAAAUGAAAGUAGACAUUCAUUAUUGUGGAAGGAAACCAUUUUGUAACAGGUUUGAAAAACGCUUGCUUUUUUCAGCAUUUUAUUAGUGUUUAUGUAUAAUUUACCUUUGUUUGUUAUUAUUUUUUAAUAUUAUAUUUGUCACAAAGUUAAUUUAUGAAAUACUAUGACUUGCAUGAGUUUCUAUACGUAAUGAAGAGUUUUAGAUCCUUAACCUUUAAACUAUAUUUAUAUUAAAACAAAAUGUUAUUUACUUUGUUAUAAUCUAUACCACCACAACAUAUUACGUAUUUCUUCUUUGUUGCUAAAGCCUUUUCAAACUGGUCGUGGUCAUCAGGUAUCAGUGACCAACUAGUGACCAAUUAAUAUUUCUUGACCGAAAAGAAUCAAACGUCAAUAAUUAAAAAAAAACAAAUUAAAAAAUUACAUAUAAAUGAAGAUGGUCAACAAUUUGCAGUCCAUAAAAAUGUAGAUUAAAAAUUGAAUUCAAAUAUAUAUGCUUCGUCAUUAUUCCGUCAUAAAACUCAUAUCAUAGCUCCAUCCACAUUUAAAAAUUAUUUUAUUACAAAAUUGUAUUGUUCUAGUAUUAAAAAUUACACGACCAAAAUUAGGUCAAAGUUUAGAAAAAACACAACCGUAAGUUAAAAAAAGAAACACGCACAGAUUAUUUAGAAAUUAAUGAAAUAUUUUUGAUAAGGUUUGACGAUAGUGGUACAUAAUACUAAUUUAUUUUUUGAUUGCGAAACAGCUAAAUUAAAUUGCUAAUGGCUGGCAUGUGCAUAAUUGUAUCAAAUAAUUAGAAAUAUUGUAAAAUGCUUUAUAUAAGUUAGAUUGAAACAGUUUUUGUAUCAAUUUGUAACAUAAAUAAAAAAUGUGAUUUAAUUUGGACACAUUUCUGAGUCAAGGUCAAAAAGCUAAAUUAAACUAAAAAAAGGCAAAGGCUCGUCGGCGGAGGUGUUAGUGAGAGUUAGGUUCGCUAAAAUAGUUGUACGUUAAUAAUUAAAAAUAAAUUUUUAGUUGGUGGCAUUUUGAAUUAUAAAAAUCCAGUAUCCAGGAUAAACUCAUCGAAAUUCAUGUUCGGAAAAAACAGGCCAUAUUUUUUUCAUUUUGGAUUUUUUCGUAAAUGACUUUUUAGAGUAAGGAGUGUUUGGUACUAAAUAUAGUUCCUUGUUUUGAAUUUUGUGCCUAAAUGUGUCUGUUCUAUUGUUUUUAUUGAAAUUUAACAAAAGUUAGUUCGAAGAAUCCGCAAAAUAACCGAAUUUAUUCAGGAAAUAACGUGUCGAAUUUACUUUGCUAUUUCUCAGUAAAUUAUUUUGAUCGACUCCGAAUUAAUUAAUAACGAUGAAAUGUUUUAAAAUUUUUGUUAAUUUGCUGACAUUUAAUAUUUACGCGGUUGAAAAUGGCAGCUGUAAAUAUGCUUGUAGAUUUAUGGUAGUUAAAUAUUGUAUCUAGUCUGCAGGGUGCUGGUUCGCAAAUUGUCAACCAUUCAGAAAAAAAAUACUUUUGUUAUUUCGAUAAAAAAAAACAGUUUGCCACAAUCAAAGAGUGGAUUUUAGAUUAGAAGUCUUUGCGACUUGAAUUUUAGUAACGUGUAACUCUUAUAAUAUUGUUGUGAUUAUUUAUAAACUUUCAAUCGGAUUUUCGCGUUCUUGCGAUAAUGUUUAAUAGUUGAUAUUUACUAUUCAAGUAAAUUAAAAAAAAAUCUUGUGCCUAUGAAUCUAUUUUUACGUUUAAAAAUAAUAAAAAUGCAUGAAUCUCACAAUAAAAACAAGCUUAUUAAUAUUAAACUAGUCACCUCAAUAAUAAAUAUCAAAAUAAGCCUAGUUGGUAGCUUUAUUGUGAAGAUCACAGGUUCGCAUCCUAGCAGACUUGGACUGAUCUGUUUUUCUUUCGUACAAAAGUUAUUUUUCUACCAAAACGAGAUAGUACAGAAGAUAAUAACUAUAGCUAUCUCUUUCUCUCAUUUUAAAAGGCAUCUGUUCAAACAAUUACCAAUUAGCAACCAAAACCAUUGUUCACAUUUUAACAAAUUUUAUUAAUAUGUUGUUUCAUGUUAAAGUUAAAAUAAAAUGUUUUUUUUUUUUGUUAAAAUAAAAAUAUGUUAAAGUACCUAUACUAGUACUUUGACAUUAGCUAUUAAAGACUUAGUUAAUUUAGUUCGUAGUUUACUUAUUAAGUUACCGAAUUUUUAUAGAUCUAAAUGUUUUGUAAUUAUAAUUGGUCAUUAAUUAUUAAAUUUAGGUACAUUAUAUUUAUUGUAAGUUUUUAAAGCAAAAAUUGCAUUCAUCAUCUGCAACUACAAAAUUAAACUAUAUCUUCCAUCGGAAAAACCCCAAGCCAUUUAUAAAUAGUGCCAUUAAGUCAGUUUGAUUACGAUUUUAUUAAUAUAAUCUAUAUUGUCGUCAGCCUAAUACAGUCAUUAUGUGAAUAUCUAAUACAAAAUGUGUAAUUUUUUUAAAUUAUUAAUUCAAUUUUGUAAAUAAAUGCCCCAAUAAAUUGUAUCAAAUCAAACGACUAGUAAAAAUUAAAUGUGACUUCAAUAGAAUGUUUUUAUUCAAAUUAUUGGAUAAAAACUGGAAAAAAUAUCUAUUAAAUUAGUUGUUACUGUGCAUGGGUGUUACCAUGCUAUUGCGUUUUUCAUAUUAUUUGUAUUGUAAUUUA